AUGUUAAACGAAGAUUCUAAUAUUAAACGACGCAGGGUGGCCAGAGCUUGUGACUCAUGUAGAAGAAAAAAAGUUCGAUGUGAUGGUGUUCAAACCAGCUCUGAUCCACCAUCCUGUACCAAUUGUAAGACUUAUGGUUAUGAAUGUUCUUUUAUUGAUGCCCCAAAGAAGCGUGGUCCUCCGAAGGGAUAUAUAGAAGCAUUAGAAACAAGACUUCAAAGAAUGGAAUCAGUUCUUGGAAAUUUGGUACAAUCGGGCGACUUGCCUGAAAAUACGAUUAGUUCAAAUCUCGAAUGGAUCAAUGUCAAUGAAAGUAACUUUCGUCAUUCUCAAAGUUCUGCUAUUAAAAGUCGUUCCUCGCAAAAAUCCUAUGACUUCUCGAUUUCUCGGGAUCCAUCUCUAUCAAGUUCAACCUAUGUGAAAGCUUCUAAAGAUCAAAAUAGUGAUAGUGAAGAUGGUUUAUUGAGUGAAACUAAUUUUCGUUAUGAUUUAGCUGAUAGUUUAGGUCAACUUGCAAUUGAUGAAACUGGUCGUACAAGAUAUUUCGGGAGUAGUUCUAAUGUAUUAACUUGUUUAAAACUUUUUAAAAAAAUUCCCAAUGGACAAUUUUUAUGUAUCUAUGGUGGGACUCCCAUAAGAAACACUACCCCAGCGGUGAUAAUGAAAUUUCCUCCAAAAGAAUUGUGUGAUAAACUAUUAGACACUUUCUGGAAAUAUUUUCAUCAUCACAUGAUUUUUAUUGAUAAACUCGAUCUUAUGGAAAAAUAUAAUAAUUUGGAGGCAAAUAUUCAUUCAAUUGUCCUUCUAUAUGCUAUAUUCGCAAUUGCUUCUAAAAAACUUGAUACUCAAGAAGUUCGAGAGGAAUAUUUCAAUCGUGCAAGGGAAAUUCUUAGGAAUGAAUUUGAACACCAAACAAUAGCGACCGUUCAAGCACUUUUAAUAUUAAGUGUAUACGAUAGAGAUGCGACCACUUCAGUUACUUGGUUAUAUACAGGAAUGGCCAUUCGUUUAGCCCAAGAUAUGGGACUGCAUCGUGAUUCGGCAAAAUGGAAUUUUGAUGCGAGACAAGCAGAAAUUAGGAAACGUGUAUGGUGGGCUUGUGUCAUAAGUGAUAGACUUACGAGUACUGCUUUAGGUCGACCAGUCGCUAUUAAUGAAAUUGAUUUCGAUGUUGAAUACCCUGUUUUUGGUGUAAUACCUGAAGAACCACAUUAUUAUGUCGAAGAAUGGAUCGAGCUGAUAAAGAUAUCUUUAAUACUUGGACGUGUUUUCAUCCAUAUUUAUGGUAUAAAUAAUAAAUUAUCUUCGAAUGGUAGUAAUGAUAAUGUAUUACCUUCAUUAGAUGCUGAAUUGAAUGAAUGGCGUGAAAACCUUCCACCAGGACUUCAAUAUGAAUCAUCAGCUACAUCUAAUGAUAAAUUAGAAAAUCGACAAAUGCUCCUUCAUAUCAUAUAUUACACAUGUCAAAUUCUUUUACAUCGUCCUCAUAUUCGUGGUCCAAAAUCAAAAAUAUUUUCAUCAUCUGUUCCAUCACUCUCCAUAUGUACUAUGGCCGCCAAUAACCUUACACAUAUAAUACACCGUAUGAUGAAAUCAGGAUUACUUAGAGCUUCAUGGUCUUACACAAUUUAUCCUUUCUUUACUGCUACUACUGUGCACAUUAUCAAUGUCCUUAGUGAUGAUGAUCGAUUCAAAGAAGUUGCAAAGCAUGGUAUUAGAGUGACUUUGAAAUGUUUAGGUGUUUUGAAUCCUUAUUGGUUUGGCGCUGAAAAAAUCAUACUCCUAAUUAAAGACUUAUUAAAAGUUAAAAAUAUUGGAUUUGAUGGAGUUGACGAUAUUCAUGAUGAAAAGGAAUUAAUUUUAGAAUUUAAGGAUAGAAUUCCUGCUGAGGUGUCUGAUCCGGCACAAAUAACUUUUGCUCCACCUCAGACAUCAUCAAAAAUGAACGCAACGUCCGUCUCAUCUCAAUCUUCGGUGAAGAAUCAACAUAUUGUUAAUCAACCAAUUUCGAGAGUCAUAAAUAAUUAUGAUACCAGAGAUCGCAAUAAUAGUACACAUUCGUCUUUAUCAUCUCCAAUGGGUUACGACCAAACAUCACCAACAGAAUCUACAUCUUCUAGUUCAAAUUUUAUGCGAUUUAAUGAUUAUCCUCUGAACACUAAUAGCGGAAUGUUUCCUUCGAAUACUGAUACUUUCGCUCAGAAUGCAUCACCACUUUUAUUUGGUGACCGUGACGAUCGAAUGGGUGAGAAUAAUUCUUCCUUAUCAUUUCCUUCUGUCAAUGAUUUGAAUGGUUGGACUAAUUGGACUAAAUAUAUGAUAAGAUUACAAAUGUUAAAAGCAUCUGGUCCUAAUAGCAAUAAUAAUGUAGUUCCAAGUAAUGAUAACAUUUUGGCAUCUACUAGUAAUACUGGUACAUCAUCCUCAGCAAGCAUGUUCUCUUCAAUGUCUAAUUCUCGUGGAUUAUAA